AUGUCAUCUCCUGUGACUGAGUCUGUAGGUGCGCUACGGACGGGUGAUAUUGUGCUAAUGGAUCGCAGGUGCAUGGCGAUGCGUCAUCCUGUAGGAAUGGUCAUCUGUCUCCUCAACAAAACGGAGUGUCGUUUUGACCACGUCGCAAUGAUCAUGAAACUCAGUGAGGAGGAACUGCGGGAGGAGGGUCAAACGAGUAUUGUGAGUACCACGGGUUCAAUCUCACCCUCCGGCACGUAUGUGCUAGAGACCAAUCUUAACGGUAUCACCUUGAGAUCGCUAGAACACCGUGUUGCAAGGUCUUCAGCAAAACAAAUAUCGGUCAGGUUAUUGCACAUGGAGGGGGAUCGUUCACAGGCGGAAAAGGUUAUGCUGGAGCAUUUAAAGACGGUGCCGAAACACCCCUACAAGAAUAGCUUUUUUGAAUUUUUGCCUUCCUUUUUUAGUACGCCAGACAAAAUGGAUCGCGUAAAGGCCGCGCACAAAAUACACCUCCUCGCCAAGGAAAUAGCGAGCAUUGACGCUCUUAAAUCUGAUAAAUGUUCAACAGAAGACGCUGCCAUUUUACGCCGCCUACGACAGAUUUACAUUGAUGCCGCAGUGUUUCUUGGAGAUGUGUAUUUCCCGCAUUUGAAAAGAUUGGACAAGAAGGAAGUUGCUCCUAUCGAUUGGAGCGAGGGUCACUUUGCGGUGGACGGCAAUAAUACGGACCACGGUGUCUUUUGUUCCGAACUUAUUGUACGCUUGUGGCAGGGAGUUGGGAUGGUGACUGGAUUUCCUCCUGCGUCUUCGUUUCGUCCGUUGGAUUUUUUAGAUGAUGCUCGAUUUAAUUUUUUGGGUCCUACAAGGUUCGUUGGAAGCAUCCUUCCUCUAACCAAAGGGGGAUCUGCCCCCGUUCUGAUGUGGCGUGAUGCUGAAGAGGAGCCAAAAACGGUCGCGGGGCGGUUGAAUUUUUACCGUCGUGUGACCGGCGAUGUCUCCCUUGAAAAAGGGUUGAUGUCCAUGCGUCACUGGUUGAUUCAGUCAAACACACAUCAAGCGGUAAGCAACGACCUGGGCAUUAAUUUGUUUUCUAUAGGUGUCUUGUUUGCGCUCGCUGGAUGGUUUCUUGCGCCUCUUCGCCUACGAUGGAUUGAGUGCCAAUUGGGGGUCACGCUGCGUCGCGGUGGGAUGUGGUCGUUAGCGGUGGGGUUUCUGGUACGAGAUCUCUGCUGCGCCAUGACACAGACACUUACCGCCUGCAUCACCCUGCGUUGUAUCUCCCCACCUCAACUCGAUUCGGUAUCCCCCUCAACUUUGUUGGGGCCCCCGUUGUUUGUGUCCAACUUGUUUGACACCCGUCACCCGUACUAUCACGUCUGCGCGGUGCUGCUAACUGUAAAUGCGGUGGCCCAUCUAACGACAACACCGUUACUAAACGCGGUGGUGGCACACCACUUUGGUCCUGUUAGGCCUCGUCCCUGGCCACUCCGCACCCUCAUGCGAGGCGUCGUCUCUCUGUGGCCGAUGGCUAUUCUGUUACCGUACCAGGCCGCUUGGACAACUUGGUAUGAAACUGCCGGCUCAGCGUUUAUUCCAACACCUUCUUCCCUUCUGCGUCGAAGAUGCGAUUUGCUGGAUACAAACGAGUGGCGGCAUUUCAAAUAUGAAGCCAUAGCUGGGGCUUUUGCAGCUACUACUUUCCUGGAUCUUGUUUUUUACCCGCUUCAAACCCGCUGCCGGCGUUCAUUUAUUUCGGAACUUUAUCGACCUGCACCAUCACCAAGCUGCGGAAGUCGACUCUACGCCGGGUACAGUUUUCGUUUUGCCGGUAACAUUAUAACCAUGGUAACUACGACGAUAUUUUUUCUUUUUUGGGAGUACUCUAAAAGAACAAAUGUGGUCCAAUGUAUCGUCUUGUAG